ACCAUCACCAUCACAUUAUAUGUUCAUAUAAAUACAUACUACAUUCAGUAAUAAUACUAAAUAUAAAAUUAUUCAAGUGAGUGCGGCGAGAUGUUCAUUUUUCUAAAAUAAAACAAAAUUAAUUUUUUUUAAAUAAAAAAAAAGAAGAUACGGAAUUGUUGAUUACUUAACUACCAGUAGUAGUAUUUGUAUUGUGUGUGACCUUUAUCUUUUUCUUUGAAGAUUAGUAGUGGCUAUCUCUAACAAGAGAAGAAGAAGUUACAUAAGCGCGUUUUGGCGUCGCGGUCAUGGAGGAAAUGUACGGAGUACCAUCAACGGUUGAAUACGGCGGUGACAAAUCACUUAUGACACCGGAGAAUCUAAUUUUUCCUAAUGACUACAACACCUUCCUCAUGUCCACUUCAUCCACAACCCGAAUUCCUAUGUUCGGAUCCGACGAUAUCUUCACCGCCGCAGCUGAACCUUCUUCCGCCGCAAUUCAUCAUCACGUCCCACCAUCUACUGUUAUGAAAUCCAAAAUCGCUUCUCAUCCUUACUACCCUCGCCUCCUUCAAGCUUACAUCGAUUGUCAAAAGGUUGGUGCUCCUCCUGAAAUAGCGCGUUUGUUAGAGGAAAUUCGUCAAGAAAAUGAUCAAGUUAAAAGAGACGUAGUUGUUUCCACGUGUUUUGGAGCCGAUCCCGAGCUUGAUGAAUUUAUGGAAACUUACUGUGAUAUGCUUGUGAAGUAUAAAUCAGACCUUACUCGACCUUUUGAUGAAGCUACAACUUUUCUAAACAAGAUCGAAACUCAACUUAGCCAUCUCUGCACUGGUGCUUCAGUUCCAACAGCUUCUGAUGAUGGUGCGUCUUCGGAUGAAGAUCUUAGUACGGGAGAUGGUGAAGUUCAAGAUGGACAAUCAAGAGGAGAAGAUCGUGAGCUCAAAGAUAGGCUUCUACGCAAGUUUGGAAGUCAUAUUGGUACUUUGAAAUUGGAAUUUUCAAAGAAGAAAAAGAAGGGUAAGCUUCCAAAAGAAGCAAGACAAACACUACUUCAAUGGUGGAAUCUCCACUACAAAUGGCCUUACCCAACGGAAGCAGAUAAGAUUGAACUGGCUAAGACAACAGGAUUAGACCAGAAGCAAAUUAACAAUUGGUUUAUUAAUCAAAGAAAACGUCAUUGGAAACCAUCUGAAAAUAUGCAAUUUUCUAUGAUGGAAAAUUUUACCGGACGUUUCCUUUCUGAAGAAUGAGGUGCAUUUCUCAAUCCCAAAUGUAUAUCCUACUAGGUAAUUAAUUAUUGAUGCUAUUUUCUUUUGUAAAUUCUAAAUUAAAAAGCAGAUUACUGACAGUAAAAUGCUUAUUUUCCCACAAAUAUAAAAGGGAAAUGGUCAUAGUAAUUUGCUUCAUUUGUACCCUUGAUGAAUAACUACUACUUGACAUUGUCAAUGAAUGCAUAUAUACUUUGCUUCA